GUAAUGUUUUUUUUUAUGAAGGAGGUUAGAAAAAAAUGUAAAUAAAUGCCGGUGAAGUAACUUCCAAAAAGAAAAUAUUAAUUAAAUUUAUAAAGAAAAAAUGCAUUUUCCCUCCAACAAGACUUUGGCCAAAGUGGCUAUUUAUUUAGGUGUAGCGGGCAUAUCCAGUGUCAUGUAUAUGCGUUGGAAAAUUGAGGAACGUAUACGUAACACAGACUAUUUUCGUGCAGCUUUUCAAACUUUAAGACAACAUAGAGGAGCUAUUAGUUUAUUGGGCGAACCUAUUAAAGAUAUGGGCUUUGAUAUUGGUGAUCCACAAAAUAGUUGUGAUGGCCAAAAUGCUCAUUUUGAGGUGUCCGUUAAGGGUUCUAAAGAACGUGGUAAAAUCUUCUUUUCAGCUACACGAAAUGAAGAAAACGGUUGGCUAAUAGAUUCCUUACAAUUGGAAUUAAAAUCUCAACCGGAUAAACGUUAUUUAAUUAAGACGAAUAAUAAUCAGACGGAAUCUUUAACAAAUAAAGCUGAUGAGUAGUUUUAUUAAGUA